CGAGAUGUAAACAAUGUUGCUAGGUAACGGCAUCCCGAAAGACGUGAAAGGUUGGGAUUUUUUGUCUAUAUUUUGGUUAAUUUCUCAAAAUGUCUUCGACGGCAGAUGAUAAUAUCAAAAUGGAGGCGCCACAUAUUUAUGUUGAACAGACGUUAGCUAUAAUCAAACCAGAUUGUAUACAUAAAGCAGAAGAAAUUGAAGAUAUAAUUCUGAGAUCUGGUUUCGCUGUCCUCAAGAAAAGAAGAGUGCACUUAACGCCAGAACAAGCCAGUGAUUUCUACGCUGAGCAUUAUGGGAAACUUUUCUUCCCCAGUUUGGUGGCCUACAUGAGUUCUGGUCCAGUCGUUGCCUUGGUAAUUUCUCGAGACCGGGCUAUAUCAUAUUGGAGAGAGUUGAUUGGUCCAACAAAUACAUACAAAGCUAGACAGACACAUCCUGAUUGUUUACGAUCUUUAUAUGGAACAGAUGAUCAGAGAAAUGCUCUACACGGUUCCGAUAGUUUCUCCAGUUCUCAGAGAGAAAUUAGAUUCUUUUUCCCAGACAGUAUUGUUGAACCUAUUGCCGUAGGUCAAGCUGCCAAAGAUUAUUUAUCAAAGGUUGUUAACCCUACACUACUGAAAGGAUUAACUGCAGUUUGUAAACAAAAACCACGAGAUCCACUGGUGUGGUUAGCAGACUGGUUAUUAGAGAACAAUCCUAAUAAACCCAGUGUUAAAGAUUUGAUUGUCCAGGAACCGGAAUAAACAACCUUUCAUCAUCAUGUGUAUAAAAAAACAUUCCCCUCCAUUGUAAUGUUUUAAAACUUUUAUUGUAUAAAAUGACGAAAUAUUAAUAAUUUUAUUUUUAUUCUUACUUAAAACAUUUAUGUCUGUUUUUGUUCUCCGAUAAAAGCAAUCUUAUCUAUCCCCAGUCCAUGAUUCACAAUGCAUUCUAAGACUUAAGUUUAGAAUUUGCUCUACUUUCAUUCACUGUGUAUGAGAAAUUUCUUUGAUCCAGAAACACAAAAAUUUGCAUAUAGUUUCUUAUUGAUGUAUUUGAUACAUUAAAACAACAAAAGUUUAAUAAAGGUCUAUAAUAUUUUAAUUAAAAUAAGGCGAAUAAUAUUAGUAAAUUCCUAACUUAAGUCUGAAAAUGUUUUGUGAACUUGGGGCUUGGUUUCACUGAACAUUCUCAGACUUAAGAAUUUACUCAAAUUUUAAUCACUGUUUAUGAGAAAUAUCUUUGAUCCAGAAACACAAAAUGCCCAUAGUUUCUUAUUGAUGUAUUUGAUACAUUAAAACAAAAGUUUUAUAAAGGGCUAUAUUUUAGUCAAAAUAAGGCGAACAAUUUUGAGAAUGUUUUGCGAAAUCAGGGCAAGAUCACAUGUUGAAGACCUCCCACUAAUGUUUCUCUUAUAUAGAAAGAGUGAAAUGUGGUUUAACAUCCACUUGACACAAACUAGGUCAUUUCGGGACUAACAUAUAGUUCAAUUUUAUUUUAAUACUUCGCAAGCGCGUAGGGGUCUUUAGCAGUGGGAGGAAACCGAAGGACCCGCGGAGGACCCAGAGAAAACCCACGAGGUUUGACAGGCGACCCUACUCCUUGUCACAUAGAACCGGGGAAACAACACCACGCCAGUUGACUCAAUGACAGACCUUAUGAUACCACGUGCUGUGUUAACCAUUCGGCCACCCAACCCCACUUUCACUUAUAUAAUGCACACUGGAAGCAUAAGACACUUAAUAACUAAUGCAGCAAUAUCUUGAUCGUUGUAACAACUUGUUAUCUGGUUUCCUGAAAUAUCCUGACAUCAGGCAAUUUAAAAUAAAAAGUAAAACUUU